UCGAUGGCAUCUGGGGCUCAGCUUGCCCUCACCCUCGAGGGAAGGAAGAGGCAGCUCGAGGAGAAGGAGCCAAAAGAGCAGCAGCAGCAAUAGAGGUGCGGGCACGGCGGUCGACAAGCUCUUCGUGCUUGAUUGUCCCCGUCUCCUCCCUUCAUGCUCGCUCAUUUGCCUGGCGUUCUCCCGGCUCGCCCUCGCCAGCCUUCUCUCCACCAAUAGAAUGUACCAACAACCCCCUCCCGCUAUCGGCGAGGCCCAAGGCAUUGCUCUGGCGACCGACGAGACCACUUGCGUUUUCGGCGAGGACGUAGCAUUCGGCGGUGUCUUCCGAGCGACAGCAGGCCUGCGCGAGCAAUAUGGUCCUGAGCGCGUCUUCAACACUCCCAUCUCAGAGCAAGGAAUCGUAGGCAUGGCGAUCGGCAUGGCCGCCCUGGGCCACACCGCCAUUGGCGAGAUCCAGUUUGCCGACUAUACCUUCCCUGGCAUUGACCAGAUCAUCAACGAGGCCUCCAAGUUCCGAUACCGCUCUGGUGGCCAAUUCAAUGCGGGCAAGAUGACGAUCCGCACGCCCUGCCAAGCCGUAGGACACGGCGCCCAUUACCACUCCCAAUCGGUUGAGCAGUUCUUCAUGCCGAUCCCGGGAAUCAACGUUGUCAUGCCUCGCUCGCCUAUCCAGGCCAAGGGUCUCCUCCUCUCUGCCGUUCGCAGCCCUGACCCGACGGUAGUGAUGGAGCCCAAGAUCCUCUACCGCUCGUCCGUCGAACAGGUACCCGUCGACGACUACACAAUCCCCAUCGGCCAAGCCGACAUCCUGCGCAAGGGCAGCGACAUUACUCUCAUCUCGUGGGGCGCUCCCCUCUACUCGUGCAUGCAAGCCAUUGACCUCCUCGCGGGCAACGGCAUCUCCGAGUCGAUGGAGAAGCACAUUCCCAAGGAGCUCCGCAAUGCAAGCGUCGAGCUCAUCGACCUGCAGAGCAUUCUCCCUUGGGACAGAGAGACGAUCGUGAACAGUGUCAAGAAGACGGGACGCUGCGUUAUCGUUUGUGAGGCGCCCAUGACCGGCAACGUUGGCGCGGAGAUUUCGGCAGAGAUCCAGAAGCAGGCAUUCCUUCACCUUGAGGCGCCUAUCAAGCGUAUCGCGGGGCUGGACACGCCCUUCCCUCACAUUGGAGAGCUCUUCUACAAGCCCGACGCGCUCAGGGUUCUCGAUGGUAUGAUGGAGACGCUCAAGUACUGAGCGUGGAGUGGUGCAGCG